AUGGAGAGCCUGACAGGGAAAGCUGCUGCUGUACAUUCGAUAGAGUGCGGCGAAGAAGCAGCCAAACAUUUUGCUUUUGACAAGGAAUACAUCAAUCUCAAUCAUGGCUCAUACGGCACUCAUCCCAUCGAGGUCAGGACAGUCCACCGCAAGUAUCAGGACCGGGCAGAAGCAAGACCAGAUACAUUCGUUCGAUACGAGUUCCGCACACAUCUGCUCGACGAAGCAAGACAGGCUAUCGCAGACUAUGUGCAUGCCCCUGUCGAAACAUGCGUCCUGGUACCCAACGCAAGCACUGGCAUUGAUACCGUGUUACGAAACAUGGUUUUCGAGCCCUUCGAUGCUGUAAUAUGUUUUUCGACGAUAUACCCAGCGUUCAUGAACACAUUGGAGUACUUGACAGAAAGAGACGAGUUCAGCAUAUACAAGAUUACGCAUGUGCUUCCCCUCUCCGACGAUGAGAUCUGUAGUGACUUCGAAAGAGUGCUGGAAACAAUCAGGAUGGAUGGCAAGAGAGCUAGACUUGCGAUAUUCGACACCAUAAGCUCCCUCCCAGCCAUCCGCAUGCCCUUCGAACGCCUCACCGAGAUCUGCAGAGCUAAUGCUAUUCUAUCAUGUAUUGACGGAGCGCAUGGAGUCGGUCAACUCUCUCUCAACCUCGCCAAACUCGAUCCAGAUUUUUUCGUCAGCAAUUGUCACAAGUGGCUGUUUACUCCUCGGGCUUGCGCUGUCUUAUACGUACCGAUACGAAACCAACAUCUGAUUCGCUCAACCAUUCCCACCGGGUUCAACUUCUUGAAAGAGGAGAGGGCCGACCAGACCAACAACUUCGUCGCAAACUUGGCAGCUGUGGCCACCAGUGACGAUACACCAUAUCUCUGUAUCCGUGCAGCAUUGGAGUGGCGUAAGCGCAUCACCUGGAGAGACAAAAGUGGCGAAGAAGCAAUCAUACAGUACAACAACAAUCUCGCGCGAGAAGGCGGCAGGCUGGUGGCACAGAUGCUAGGCACAGAGGUCAUGGACAACGCAGAGUGUACCCUUGGAGAUUGUGCCAUGACAAAUGUACGCCUACCCGUCAACACAGGAGGAAAACUCAUUCGGGACCUUGAGCAUCGAAUCAAUAAGACGAUGAACAUCAGUUACAACAUUGCGGUCAAUGCAUAUGCAUAUGAGGGGAAGUUCUGGGUGAGGUUGAGUGCGCAAGUGUAUCUUGAGAUGAAGCACUUUGAGGCCGCAGGACUUGCGCUCAAGCAGAUUUUUGCCAAUCACGUCGUGAAUUGA